AUGUCAGCUUUCUUAAAGAGGACAAUUUCUGGAAUGGGUGGCGUUAAUAAGCCAACGAAUAAACCAGCGGACAAUAAUGCUAAUUCACUUUCAACGGUUCAUGUACCCGUAUCAGAUGUUGAUUGCCAUAGCUGUACAGCUCCAUGCGAUCAAAUCGGUGACUUUGAGGAUUUACCCAAGAAUUUUGAUGUCGAUCUCACGUCUAAUAUGCUUGGAUCUUACAAACCAUUUUCAAAGCAAGUCGUUAUUUCGACAGGUAAAACUGAUUGGGAGCAUGAUAUAACUGAUAAUGAGCUCACACUCGCUGGUAUGCUUGAUCGUACUCAAGAUACCUUCAAACUCAAGGAUGACCCGGGCUUGAUGCAGCGUAUCAUCGCAAAGAGAACAGCUCAGCAGACCCAGAAGGUUCAGCAAUCUACCAACAAUACUAGCAAAUGUGAAGGUGUAUUUGAUACACGCACUGACGGUAAUGGUACAAUUCAGAUUUUAAACGGUUCACAUAUUUCACCCUCUACAAAGAAAGACAGAGAAAGUGCUCUUGUUUUCCCUGACUACGUACUUGCUGAGAAUAUCUGCGUCAAUAGAGAAACCGCCGAGGACUUUUUCAAAUCUCAUCUUGCAGUAAAUCACCUCGUCGCUUCUGAAAAGUCUAUACGCACUUACCCACUUCCAUACAUUGCAACUGUUCUGAUAUGCUCACACAAAUCUAGGGAUAAGAAGUGCGCAAUCUCUGCUCCAAUUAUUGAACGUGAAAUGAUCAAGUGCAUUGAAGCUGAAGGUUGGAGUAUAGAUAAGCGUGGAGACUCAAUCUCACUCGAUCACAAACCUGUCCAACUGCCUCAAGGGGGAUUUUCAAUGUCUGCUACGCCAUACACCUCCCCUAAAAUUAAAAUAUCCCCCGAAGAAACCGACACUACGAAAGACGUCAAUGAAAUUUCAGAGAGAUUGAGAGAUGUGAAUGUUGAAGAAGGCAGUACGGUUGGAUUGUUCAAAGUAAGUCACGUCGGUGGUCACAAAUUUGCUGGAAACGUAAUCAUUCACUUCCCAACUGGUGCAAGUAUUUGUUACGGGAGGGUUUCUGCACGUGAAGUGCCGGCUAUAGUCCAACAAACGAUCAAACACGGAAAAGUCCUACCAGAAUUGUUGCGCGGAGGUGGAAACAUCAGCAGACGGGAUAAAAACAAGUCUUUGAGAGAGUUCAAUUAG